GAGGCUUCGGACGGUCACGACCCGCCGCCGAGUCGCCGCCGGCCACGCGUCCGGAUAAUGUCGCCGCCGAGGACGCGGAGCUCAACGUGAACAUUGUGGAUCCGGCCGGUAGUUUCACGGAGGAGGGGAACGCACCUUGCAUCCAGCCAUGGGAGGUCAGAUCACCAGAAAUACCAUCUACGAUUCUCUGAAUGGGCCAUUUCCCGCAACAUCCCACCGAUGUCACCACAAGCCCAAGCGCUGCCUGCCCAUACAGCCAUGCGGAAGUCUGUCCUCCUUCCCUCUGCUCUUCCACCCCAGCACCAAGGGCUCGCAGAUCGUCAUGGACAUGUCCCAGAGGACCGUCAAGAGACAGGGGAGCUUCUGUAACGCCAUCACCUUCAGCAACAGACCCAUCGCUCUGUAUGAGCAAAUUCGACUGAAGAUUACUAAAAAGCAGUGCUGCUGGAGCGGUGCCCUGCGUCUCGGUUUUACAUGCAAAGACCCAUCGAGGAUCAACCCAGACACCUUGCCCAAGUACGCCUGCCCUGACCUGGUCUCCCAGAGCGGCUUCUGGGCAAAAGCCCUGCCAGAGGAGCUCUCCAAUGAGGGAAACGUCAUCUCCUUCUGGGUGGACAAGAAGGGCCGGGUAUUUUACCGAAUCAACGACUCGAGCCCCAUCCUGUUCUUCAGCGGGGUACACGUCUCUGAACCUCUGUGGGCUCUCAUAGAUGUCUAUGGCCUCACCAGGGGGGUCCAGCUGCUAGACAGUGAGAUGGUCCCUCUGGACUGCCUGCGUCCUCGUUCUUUUGCAGCCGCCCACCAGGCCUCUAUUCAGCGAAAUGGUGAUGACCCUCAGCUUUCCAUCAGCCUGUGUGACCUGAGCCUGCAGCAGCAGGAGAUGCAUCUGGAGGAAGAUGACGAGGAAGAGGAACAGCUGCAACCUUUAAGCUCCACCUCCUGCCACGUGCCCCAAAACUCUCAAAACUCACAACAGUGUUCGCUCUUGCCCAGCAACUUGGACACGGAUCUGCACUUCCACCCAGUGCACGGCAUCCAUGUUACUGUGCUGGAUAAGCACACGGUUGCGCGGCUAGAUCACCGUGGUGACGAGAGGACCCUGGUGUUCACCAGCCGGCCGAUGCGCUGCUCAGAGACUGUGUUCGUGAAGGUGAAAGCAGGCGUCACACGGCCUGGUUCUCUUUCUUAUGGCGUGACGUCCUGCGACCCAGCCAACCUGAGACCCAGUGACCUCCCAUCCAACCCAGAGUCCCUGGUUGACCGCAAGGAAUUCUGGGCCAUGUGUCGGGUGUCAUUGCCACUCCACAGUGGAGAUAUCUUGGGCUUUGUGGUGAACUCAGAUGGGGAGGUCAUGAUGAGCCAUAAUGGCAUCAGUGCAGGGAUGCAGCUGUGUGUCGAUAACUCCAGGCCACUCUGGAUGUUCUACGGUCUGCAUGGCACCAUCACACAACUCAGGAUUUUAGGCUCAUCUCUGCACCCAGACUUGCGAGGCCCGUCGGUCCCCAGCUCCCCAUCCUGUACACCCAACACCCCCACAAUGCUUUGCAGCGGCAACUCAGACACCAACCUCAACACACCCUUUAACAUCAACCUCAAUUCAAGCCUCAACUCCAACUACCACACGGUCUUUUCUUCCUCCACAGGUACAACCCCGAGCUCUCCAUUCUCCAGCCACCCAGAGUCCCCUACCUUCCCAUCCUGCUCGGGCUCGUGGAGUGACGAAUGCACCAUUUGCUACGAGAACGUGGUGGACACAGUCCUCUACGCCUGCGGGCACAUGUGUCUCUGCUACGCCUGUGGCCUCAAACUCAAGAAGAUGGCCAAUGCGUGCUGCCCCAUCUGUAGGAGGACAAUCAAAGAUAUCAUCAAGACCUACAGGAGCACGUAGGCUUGUGCUAAACAAUGUGUCGCAUCAUCAGGUUCAGCUCAAACAGGCUGUCAAAGCCAUGUAAGACUUUGUAAAGACGGACACAGCACAAGUGAAAAUGCUUGUUUGUGUGUGCAAUCUGGCUCAGGUACUUAACAGCAGGACUUUAAACUCCAUCAUUAUAACAUUGUAUCUAUGUUAUGUCUAAUGUACAUCAUUGGAAAGCUCACAGUGGUCCCGACCUGUGAGGACCCAGCAACGAGAUUCAUCAGAGACCAUCAAAAAAUACAGUGUGACCAACAGAAAUAGCGGAUUGUACCUUGACCUACUAUUGUCCAGUGAUUCUGUGAUUUGUGCAUCUGUUGAAGAGAGAGAGUAAUCUGAAGAGGCAACUGUAAGUAGUAAAAUUGUCCAGAUCUUUGGAAGAAACAAGGAGAAUAAGUCAGUGGUUUCUCCAGCUGCUCCUUCUCUGCUUGUCAGAAAGCUUUGGGUCAAGAAUCAAUUCUCUACUAAAUCUGAGAGAAAAUCAAGACAAGGUAGUUUUGAUUUCCAGAAUGUUUCCAGAUACCAGUGAGGAAUGAGUAGAAAGACAGAAAGAGAUUUUUUGGUGCUGCCGCAUUUCUAAAAUGCUCCUCCUGCAAUAAAGCACAAUAAACUGCCUAAACCGAAAGGGUAAAGAAAUCCUUAACUCAGUCAUAUAAUAAAUGAAAAGUGUUUUGUUGGAUAUUUCACUAUCUGCUGUACUUCUGUGAACUUCAAGCUAGGCCAGAUUGUGCGAAGGGUAAAAAAGUGUGAAUGUUGUCACCAUAGAAGGUCACGCUUGCGGUGAAAUGAGGAUGUAAAUCAGUGGAGAGGCAGCGAGGGAGGAGAGAGGAUGUUGUAAGUUUGGGAUGUAGACAUUGGAGGAAGGGGCACCUUUGCUGUGUGUCUGCACAUUGUUUCAGUGCAAAGAAAGAAUUUGCUCACUAAGGCAAACCAGAUACAUCAGAAGUUUGUAUGAAAGCCUGUGAAAUGUGGGACUUGCUUGGUUCGCAUGUCCUGCCUCUUGGCAGCCGUCCCCGCCAUCUCUUGCUGCUCAGUAAGCCUGCUGGAUACUGCGAUUGAACAAAAGUCAUUUAAAUAAACAUUGGUGGGCAGUGAAGUAUUUUUAAAAUGCAGAAAGAGCAUAUAAGGAUGACAAAUCAACCUCUUCAUUAUUGCGAGGAACCCAUGAAAGACUAAGUUGCAGAUGGCUUUGCUUACUUCAGGUUACACACUCCUCUUUCAUUAUGUACAUUUAAGUAAAAGAUCUUCUUUCAAUGACGACGUAUUUCAGUACACUGUGUCUUCAAGUGGAAAGAAAUUCACAUGUACAGUCAGUGACAAGGAUGUAGCUUGUUAUUGUUGGACAUUGUGAGAAUUUCAUUUGCAUAUCAGUUUCUGAGUGCUGCUCUCCGUCGGUAAAAGCGAACUCCAAGGUCAUUUUCAACUGACUAAUAUCAUGCAUUAUAUACUGCUUUGAAUUUUAAAGAAAUACAAGCUAUUUUCAGGUGUUUUUUUGCCUCGCUGAAACAUUACUCAGCAAUUUGUAAAGAAGUAAGUGCUGAUUUAUUUUUUUCAAGGUGUUGAAGCUUGUCAUUUUGCCACUGUGGACGGAAAAACUAGCAGUUAUGUUGUAAAAACUUUUGCAUCACAGUUAAGUUUUCUUGUGUGCCUUUCAAAAGAGAAGUCAGGACAAACUUUGUUCUCUUGGGCUCCUCACUAUAAAAAACAAAACAAAAAAAACAAGCAGGAAUACUGAGGUUCAUAUUCAUCUUAAAGUCACUCUUAACUGGUUGUGAUGUCGCUGACGUGAGCAGGUGUAACCACACAACCUACCAAUACAAAACUGUCGUGUUUGACUUUGAAGCAAAAAUUUCCGUGUGCUUAAUAUCAUUGUGUGAAUUUAUUCACUGCUUAAGAUGAAAAGUUUAAACAUCGCCUUGUUCCCUCUGUCACUGCUUUGCAUAAUACUGGAAUUUUCGUUGUGCUUGAGAGACGCCCAGCCUUUACACUUCUACCUGUUUUUGUUUUUCCUCCUGACCGAAUAUGACCUAGCGGAAAUAAAAUAUCGUGAAACAUUUUUGAUAGAAAAAUGAAAUUGAUGAGUGUAAUAUUAACUGUACAUUAUGAGGUUUAUUUAUUUUGUCAAUGCUACUAUAGAGAAUUAUUACUGUUUGUUUUAUAUGUAUGGCUAUAGUGUCCAAAAUGUAAGAAUAUUUAAUUGUUGCAUAGUCAAGAAUAUAGACAACAUAACUCUCCUAAAAGACUCGGUGGCUGUGUCAACUGAUUUUCACUUGAAGGAAUAGCUUUGGGAAAUACGCUUAUUCACUUUGUGGCAGCGUGUCCGACGAGAAGAUCAGUACCGCUUUCCAGUGGUGGAAUUUAACAAAGUACAUUUACUCAAGUAAUGUACUUAAGUACAGUUUUAACGUACUUGUGCUUUUACUUGAGUAUUUCCAAAUUAUACUACUUACUGUAAUACUUACUCCACCACAUUUCAGAAGGAAGCAUUACUUUUUACUUCACUACAGUUAUCUGAAAGCUGUAGUUAUUA